CUCUCGUCCAUCAAUCAACAGUCCAUCCAUGGAUGAUAGUCGAACAAGUAGAAAUCAUGACGGAUACAAUCCUGGUGCACGGCUUACUAAAGCAUGUGAUGAAAUGCGAGCCGGAAAGGGGAGGGUCGUGUAGACGAUGUCGUAAGAACGGUACUCCUUGCGUUUUCACUGCUCGAGCAAAUGCAAGGCAGUCGCCCACUAGACCUGUCUCCGAGAAGGCGUCGAGAUCCCUCUCUGAAAAGGGAUCUCAUGAUGUCAUGGCACGAUUAGCGGUGAUCGAGACUAUUCUCGGAAUUGACGAUAAACACUAUGAUAUACCAACAUUACAGGCGUUUUCGUCUGAAUCUGCUCAUGCUCCUUUACUUGCAGAAGAAAAUGAGGAUGCAGGCGACCCAUCUUUAGUAGGACUGUGGACGGCGACUGCAAAUCUUGAGCGAUAUGCAGAGGUUACUCAAACACGUGCAUGGUCCCGAUCGGUGGUAUCUCAGCUUUGGUUCUCAUUCUAUGCGAACAUAGAAGGUCUGCACUUCCAACCCGAACGAGAAGCGGUCAAUGAUCCAUCACCGAUUCUUCUUGCAGCUAUCCUCUAUGUUUCGGCUCUACACCAUUCAUCAGACGAGCUGGCUGCUCUGGCCCCUGAGUACUUUCGAGCGACCUGUAGUGCGAUUGCUGAGCUGUCAAUCCCCAAAAUCCCCCAAACCUCUUCUUCCUUAAACAUUGACAGUAACCUGACUUCAAUAUCGAGUCAAGCUGCAUACCAAAAUGUGCUCGGGAUCAUCUUGGCUAGUCUCAUUUCUGAGGCUUUUGUUGAUUGCACAGGCAUAUGGAUCUCGAUCGCAUACCGUCUGAUUAUAGAUAACUGUCCUGUGCAUCCUGAUUCAAGUGUUAAAAGAUGGCGACAGCUCUUCAAUGGACUCCAAAUCAUCGACCUGGAGCACGCGUCACUCCACCUGUCAUCUACACUAGUUCCCUUGCAUGCCCCCUUGCCAUCUCUGCGACAGUCACAAAACCUGACAGACGAUCCUUUCAGUAGGCUUACAGUCAUGACACACACAGGCCUCAGCCAUUUCACCAGCCGAGGGUUACCAACCAUCUGGUCUCUUGUUUCAUCAAUGCCCAAACAAAGGACCCAGAACACAGUAUAUUCUUUCACGAAGAGGGAUGCCCAAUACAUUAAAGAGUGGGCAAAUAGCCUUGAUGAAUGGCUUGUCAGCUCGCACCAACCCGAAAAUACAGCUUAUGACGCUAUUCAGAUCUGGAGACAGUACAAUCUACACAGACUCUUGGUGCUUUCUAUCUAUCAUCCAGCACGAGGCUUUAAUCUGUUCACCAACUGCGUUACGUCAGCUGAGCAGCGUGAGCUACUGUCAGCGGCACGAUCAUGUUUGAGGUUACAGAACGACGAUAAAGGCAUUUGGGCAAAUUGGGAUCUCAUUAUGAUCACAUGGGCAGCUAUCUUGCUCCUACGCACCGGAGGAGAUUCGUGUGAACAUGAUGAUCUACUUUUGGUACAGAAUCAUCGUGACAGACUGCGGAAAAUCAAGCAUCCGAAGGCGAGUCUGCGUCACCUGUUGGCUGACCGAUUGGAUACCUGGCUUCAAACUGUGAAUACCCCAUCAGCAAGCAUAUUAUCGCGACCGAUGUUCGACCAAUCAUACGCACUCUUUGAUCCAAACAUUAUACAAAUCGUAUCGGAACCAUUUUAUCAACCAGGUCCAUCAGAGGAUGCGUCGGUUAUUAACAGCUUGAGUACAUCAGCAUCGCGUAGCCUGCCAGUGAAUGGCUCGGAACCUGCACACAACAGCAACCAGGAAUGUGGGAACGUUCAUGGUCAUACUAUAGGUACUUGGCCAUUAGGCUUUAGUCGGGCUGUCGACCUGAGUGUGUCACCCGACUCAAGAGAGAUCAUUGACCGCGUCAUGCUGUACCUUCUCCAAUUAUGCUUAUGUACUCAUACAAUACCCCGCUCGCUCGAUAAAGAUCGGAACAUCUAUAAUGCGAAUAAUGUAGUAUUUGGGCAAAUAUUCGGAGUUUCUACACAAUCACGCAGAAAUAUAUCAGCGCGACCAUGA